UUUAUUCUUUCAGGGGAAACACAUUCAAGCAAUCGGACUCUGCUUCAUCAUCACUUCUACGCCUGAGGUUUCCAUCAAUCUGAUUGAGAAAUGGCAACUUUGUUGCGACUUUGUCGUGUUAAGAAUCCGAGCUGUGCAUUCACAAGAAACUCGCUAUUCAGCAAUGCGUACGCGGAUUCGCUCUCGUCGAGUCGAGUCGAAUUCGUAUGGUCGUCGGAUUUGUGGUCUGUCGUGGACGGCGCUGGAAGGAGAAGAGCGCUGAGUGUACGCCGUACCAGAGGAGUUGGAGUUAGAGCCGUGUUUGAAGAGAAAACGGCGGAGAGCAAGCUGAGAUCUGAAGGAAAUGAGAAGCAAUUCACUUCUGUUAUGAAGUUUGGCGGAUCGUCUGUGGCGUCGGCGGAGAGAAUGAGAGAAAUUGCUGACUUGAUUCGGAGUUUUCCCGAAGAAAGGCCUGUCAUUGUUCUCUCUGCAAUGGGGAAAACAACUAAUAAGCUUCUGCUGGCCGGAGAGAAGGCUGUUAGUUGUGGUGUUUCUAAUACGGCAGAUAUUGAAGAGCUGUGUUUUAUAAAGGAACUGCAUCUUAGGACUGUUGAUGAACUUGGACUUGAUAGCUCUGUCAUUUCAGCACACUUGGAACAACUUGAUCAACUUCUCAAGGGCAUAGCCAUGAUGAAAGAAUUAACUCUUCGAACAAAAGACUACUUAGUUUCAUUUGGAGAGUGCAUGUCCACAAGAAUCUUUGCAGCUUAUCUAAGUAAAGUCGGUGUCAAAGCACGCCAAUACGAUGCAUUUGAUAUUGGUUUCAUAACAACAGAUGAUUUUACCAAUGCAGACAUCUUGGAAGCUACUUACCCAGCAGUUGCAAAAAGAUUAAAUAGUGAAUAUGUUAAUGAUCCUGCAAUCCCCAUUGUAACAGGCUUCUUGGGAAAGGGCUGGAAAUCUUGUGCAAUCACAACCCUGGGUAGAGGUGGUAGUGAUUUGACUGCUACAGCCAUUGGUAAAGCUUUAGGAUUGAAAGAAAUUCAGGUAUGGAAGGAUGUUGAUGGUGUCUUGACAUGUGAUCCGACUAUUUAUCCUCGUGCUAAACCAGUACCUUAUUUAACAUUUGAUGAGGCAGCUGAGCUUGCAUAUUGUGGUGCACAGGUCUUACAUCCACAAUCCAUGAGACCAGCUAGAGAGGGUGAUAUUCCUGUUUGGGUUAAGAACUCUUACAACCCUAAAGCUCCUGGCACUCUAAUUAGUAGAGCGAGAGACAUGAGCAAGGCUGUCCUUACCAGCAUAGUUUUGAAGAGGAAUGUUACUAUGCUUGAUAUAGUUAGUACCCGCAUGCUUGGUCAAUAUGGUUUUCUGGCUAAGGUAUUUUCAAUUUUUGAAGAUUUAGGCAUAUCAGUGGAUGUUGUUGCUACAAGUGAAGUUAGUAUAUCUUUGACAUUAGACCCUUCUAAACUUUGGAGCAGGGAACUGAUUCAACAGGAACUUGACCAUGUUGUGGAAGAGCUUGAAAAGAUUGCUGUCGUGAAUCUGCUACAGGGCAGAUCAAUCAUCUCUCUUAUUGGAAAUGUUCAGCGUUCUUCAUUGAUACUGGAGAAGGCCUUUCAUGUUCUUCGAACCAAUGGGGUCAAUGUCCAAAUGAUCUCACAAGGGGCAUCCAAGGUGAAUAUUUCACUAAUAGUAAAUGACAGCGAAGCUGAACAAUGUAUCAGGGACCUCCACCAAUCUUUUUUCGAGAGCGGUGAUCUGUCUGAGUUAGUUGAUGGUUGUGGGAAUGGCUCUGCUAGUGCAUUAGAAAGCAACUGAUUCACUGACAUGAUUGCCUUUUAUUGUUAUACUUGGUUAUUGCAUUUCCACUCAGUCCCAUAUUCAUUGCCAAAUGACUCUGGUCUGGGUCCUGCUUAUGGGAAUUUUGUACUGUAUCUAGAUUCAAUGUGCUUGAGUUAAUUAAUAAUUCAAUCUAUUGAAC